AUGGACCAGAUUCAGGCAAAAAAGCUGAAACAAAAGACAAAAGAGUCCUUGAAAGACCCAGACCCAGAGAAAGACCCAGUGAAAGACCCAGUGAUAGACCCAGUGAAAGACCCAGACCCAGUGAAAGACCCAGUGGAAGACCCAGUGAUAGACCCAGUGAAAGACCCAGUGAUAGACCCAGUGAAAGACCCAGACCCAGUGAAAGACCCAGUGGAAGACCCAGACCCAGAGAAAGACCCAGUGAAAGACCCAGUGAUAGACCCAGUGAAAGACCCAGACCCAGUGAAAGACCCAGUGGAAGACCCAGACCCAGUGAAAGACCCAGUGAUAGACCCAGUGAAAGACCCAGACCCAGUGAAAGACCCAGUGGAAGACCCAGACCCAGUGAAAGACCCAGUGGAAGACCCAGACCCAGUGACAGACCCAGUGAAAGACCCAGUGAUAGACCCAGUGGAAGACCCAGACCCAGUGACAGACCCAGUGAUAGACCCAGUGGAAGACCCAGACCCAGUGAAAGACCCAGUGAUAGACCCAGUGAAAGACCCAGACCCAGUGAUAGACCCAGUGAAAGACCCAGACCCAGUGAAAGACCCAGUGGAAGACCCAGACCCAGAGAAAGACCCAGUGAAAGACCCAGUGAUAGACCCAGUGAAAGACCCAGACCCAGUGAAAGACCCAGUGGAAGACCCAGACCCAGUGAAAGACCCAGUGGAAGACCCAGACCCAGUGAAAGACCCAGUGAAAGACCCAGUGAUAGACCCAGUGAAAGACCCAGACCCAGUGAAAGACCCAGUGGAAGACCCAGACCCAGUGAAAGACCCAGUGGAAGACCCAGACCCAGUGACAGACCCAGUGAAAGACCCAGUGAUAGACCCAGUGGAAGACCCAGACCCAGUGACAGACCCAGUGAUAGACCCAGUGGAAGACCCAGACCCAGUGACAGACCCAGUGAAAGACCCAGUGAAAGACCCAGUGAAAGACCCAGUGAUAGAUCCAGUGAUAGACCCAGUGAAAGACCCAGUGAUAGACCCAGUAAUAGACCCAGUGGAAGACCCAGACCCAGUGACAGACCAAGAGGAGGACCCAGACCCAGUGAAAGACACAGACCCAGAGAAAGACCCAGUGAUAGACCCAGUGGAAGACCCAGACCCAGUGGAAGACCCAGACCCAGUGACAGACCUAGGGAAAGACCCAGUGAUAGACCCAGUGGAAGACCCAGACCCAGUAACAGACCCCGACCCAGUAACAGACCAGGGAAAGGCCCAGACUCAGGGACAGACCCAGUGA